AUGAGAACACAAAGUGUGAGAACACAGUGUCAGGGUGCAAAGUGUGAGAACACAAAGUGUCAGAACACACAGUGUCAGGGUGCAAAGUGUGAGAGUAUAAAGUAUGAGAACACAAAGUGUCAGAACACACAGUGCCAGGGUGCAAAGUGUGAGAGUAUAAAGUAUGAGAACACAAAGUGUCAGAACACACCGUGUCAGGGUGCAAAGUGUGAGAGUACAAAGUAUGAGAACACAAAGUGUCAGAACACACCGUGUCAGGGUGCAAAGUGUGAGAGUACAAAGUAUGAGAACACAAAGUGUCAGAACACACCGUGUCAGGGUGCAAAGUGUGAGAGUACAAAGUAUGAGAACACAAAGUGUCAGAACACACCGUGUCAGGGUGCAAAGUGUGAGAGUACAAAGUAUGAGAACACAAAGUGUCAGAACACACCGUGUCAGGGUGCAAAGUGUGAGAACACAAAGUAUGAGAACACAAAGUGUCAGAACACACCGUGUCAGGGUGCAAAGUGUGAGAACACAAAGUAUGAGAACACAAAGUGUCAGAACACACAGUGUCAGGGUGCAAAGUGUGAGAACACAAAGUAUGAGAACACAAAGUGUCAAAAAUCAAAGUGUCAGAACAGUGUCAGGAUACAACAUAUCAGAGCACAAAGUGAGUGA